AUGGUGGAAAAUAUAGCAAAAAGUGAGGUAACAUCAAUGCUACAUUAUAUGCCAGAGAUUAUUUGGCAUGAUCGAGAGUCCUUACUUUCUGUGGAUUUUCAAACACAACACGAUGAAGUCGGUUUUUAUAAGUUGGUAACGUGUAGCUUGCGAAAAGAAGUGCGAAUUUGGAAGAUGGAUUUUCGGAUGUUAUCAUUUGGAACUGAAGAUCUUGGAGUAUAUUUCAUUGCAAAUUUAAUUGGUCAUCGUACGACUGUUAAUGUUGCACGUUUUUCACCAAAUGGAAAAUUUCUUGUAAGUGGAGAUUGCGAUGGCUGUAUAAUCAUUUGGAAAUUCGAUAUAGACAAUCCAAAUGUAAUACUUCCACGAGACGACGACUUCCCUCCAAAUGUUGAGAACUGGAUUAGAUACAAAACUCCAUUAAGUCACGAUAGCGAUAUUUGUUCUUUAUGUUGGAGUCCGGAUAGCAAGCGUUUUGCCAUUGUAUCUAAUGACGAAUCUUUUGCAAUAUAUGACGCAGAUACAGGUGAUAUUCAGUCAAGUGUUGGUAAACGCUUAUGGCAGAUGAGGUCAUUCCGACGUUUUCCAAAUGGUGUUGCGUGGGACCCACGUGGAAAAUAUAUCGCCACAAUGUCCACUGAUAGGAAACUAGAUAUUUUGUGUGGGAAAAAAGGAACUCGUUUAGUAUGCAUUCAAAAUGUUCGCUUACCGGAAACGGCUUUGCGGAAGUCAACAUUGACAGCUGGUAAGUAUAAAUUAUUUCACGAUGAUCAAUUGAUGUCCUUUUCUAGAAUUCCAGAUUUCUCACCUGAUGGGGAAUUACUGAUUGCUCCAAGUGGUAUUUUGGAAACCGGUUCUUCCAAUAUUUUUGGAACCUAUGUUUUUCGUCGUCGCGACUUACCGAAAGGUCGUCCAGCUGUAUUUAUUCCUUCUACAAAAGCUACUUUCCGCGUGUCUUGUUGCCCCAUUCUGUACAAACUUCAUAAAAUAGUCCGGAACCCUCUAAAACUUCCAUAUCGCGUUGUUUGGGCUGCGUUAACGAAGAAUACUGUGUAUAUUUUUGAUAGCCAACUCUGCAGAUGUAUUGCUUGUGCUACUAAUCUUCAGUAUGAUACUCUCACAGAUAUGACAUGGAGUCCUGAUGGACGGGUUUUGAUGAUUUGUUCUUUGGAGGGUUAUAUUAGUUUUCUCAGAUUUGGCGAAAUAGCACUAGGUGAAAAAUACACUGAGGAAAUAUAUCAACUUCCACCGUCGCCGAUAUUUGAUCGAGACAGAAAAGGACGUAAGUGCGGAAGUUCCGUGAUCCAAUUGGAUGAAAAAAGAAAAAAAGGAAGCUCACCACCCAAUUCACUUUUGAAAUUUUUUAAGAGAAUGGCCGCAUCUCAAGCAGCAAAAGCGGGAGAUCAAACAAAGGCAAGUAAAGCUUUCAGUGGUACAUCAGCGGUAGAGAACAAAGAAAAAGAAGAUGCUACGAGCUGCAGUGAUAAGCCUAGAACAGUUGUGAAGCGUCCUGGUAUGUUCGACGACAAUAAAAAGGAAUCUGAUGUUAAAACUGAGGACAAGAAACGGGCAAAGUUAAUCACGUCACCGUUAUAA